AUGCUCCUUGCCGCUGCAGCGGACCCUUCCAUGGGGCAGCAGCAGCAACAACAGCAGCAACCGCAGCCAUCUGAGGAGCUGCAGCAGCUGCAACUGCUCUUUGCUGCGAGGGCCCCGUGCCCAGCAGCUGACCAGGUGCAGCAGCAUCAACAGCAGCACGAUCUGGGGGCCCUCUGUGGUGGCCCCUCAGGUGCUGCUGCAGCUGCGCAACAAUACUUAGCGUCAGCUGGCCCUUCGGGAGGACCAGCACCGUCAAUGGGAGGGCCCUCAGGGGGCCCCUCUUUCGUCUACCAUCCCCCACAGGGUGCACCCGCACCGCGGCCGGGGGGGCCCAUAGGGGGCCCCUCUAGAUUGUUGCUGUUCAUUGAUGGCCCCACGAGGCCCUUCGCCCUGCAAGAGAGCGAUAUCAGAAGCUGCGUUUCUGCUUACGGCCAAGUACAGAACGUAGUGAUCCUGCGUGACCGUGCUGCAGCGGAAAUCAGCUUCGGGCCAUCUUCGGGACUGACUGCCUGCUUGCAAGAUCUGGACGGGGUUACCUUAGAGGGCAUCGGUGUGCUUCGCGCCGUCGUCUUGCCUCCGGGGAUUUCGGCUGCAGCAGCUCUCCCCGAGUCUGCUGCAGAUCCUCCGCAGCAGUCGCAGUCUUUUGCUGGGCCCGCAGCUGCCGCCACAACAGGGCCAGCGGCGUCGCAGUGGGGCCCCUGCACGUGGAUGCCUCAUGAUCCUAGGCAGAGACCCCAAAAUGACUCUUCUCUGCUGCCUGUACAGCAGCAGCAACCCCACACCAGCACCAGCGGCAACGCAAAGAGGGUGUGCAGGUUGGAGCUCGUCGGUCUAUUCGGAGAGGAACCGGCCUUUUCUGUUGCUGCAGCCAUCCAGGGGGCAAACAACAGCAACAUUCAGUACAUUAUAGAGCAGGCGCGGCACAAGAUCGACAUCGGCAUCAGAGGGAAACCUGUAAACGAUGCCCCCGUCGCCGAUCGUCUGCAUCUGACUCUCUCCUCAGAUGAUGCCGAGGCAUUUGAUAAGGCGCUCGCCAUGAGUGAGGACCUAGUCCAGUCGGUCUGCGAUCAGUUUGUCUCCUACUGCAAAGACAGGCAUGUUCCGCUGGCGCACCCUGUGGGUUUCCGCCGUCAUAUGUACCAGCAGCAACCAGGCUCAGGGGCCCCCGGGGGGGGGGCCCUUAUUUAUAUGGGGGCCACAGAAAGAAUAAAAGCCGGAACAGGAGGGGCGCAAACCGCACCGCAGCCACCGUCACAAGCAGCAGCAGCAGCAGCAGCGGCUGCUGCCGCCACAGCAGGGGGCCCCCUACUCCCCCACAUGCUGCCCCCUGGGGUCCUUGCCCCAGGACCCCUCCCACUGGCAGCGCUUGCGGGCCCAGGGCUCCCAGGGGCCCCUCUAGGGCCCCUUGUGCCACCAGGGGCUCUUGGGCCUGGUGUUCUGGGCCCUCCUCCUUUCCUGGGGCCCCCUUUCCACCCUCCGGCCAAUGGAGAAUACGAGCAAAGACACCGAGACAGAAGUCGCAGCCGAGAGAGGGGCCCCCCAAGGGACAGGGAAGUUGGAUACAGAGGAGGGUCUCCCCGGCGUGGGGGCCCCUCUGGUCGACAGCCCCGCAGAGGCGGGGGACGGGGGCCCUCAGGUAGGGGCCCCCGGGGUCUUGACGAGGGCGGCGGAGGCCCAUAG